ACUUCCUGUUGCAUUAAGUCAGAAAAAUAUAGCAAGCUAGCUAGUUAGCUAACUGCUAAGUCGUGAAAUAGAAUUAUUCGACCAGUACGAUUAUUGUGUCAUUGACUGUUGUGGUGCCUUCAUCGAAAAUUUAGAUUCUGCAAAGCGAACGAUCGUAGGCAAGAGUGCCGCUGUAGCUAACUUGCUAGCUAAUUGCUACAGCAAUGAAGGGACCCAGCACAGAGGCAGAGGAGGUGGGGGAGGGAAGUUCAUCACCUGACAGCAGCAACAAUGAAGAGGUUCCUCCAUAUCUGCGUGAAGAACCACCAGAAGACCUUGAGAAGGACCACCCCAAGGCGGAGGCAGGCGUCAUCUGGAGGGUGACAGGCGGCCUCUUCAACAUCACAAAGGGCGCUGUGGGCGCCACCCUGGGGGGCGUGGCCUGGGUGGGCAGCAAGAGCUUCGAGCUGACAAAGACGGCGGUGACAACCGUCCCUGCAGCUGGCGUGGGCCUGGUCAAGGGAAGCGUCUCCGUGGUUACAGGAGGCGUGGGAGCAGUGGGGUCAGCGGUGGCCAGCAAAGUCACACCAAAGAAAAAGGACAAAUGUGAUUAGUCCCAUGGUUGCUUUACGUGUCUAUAUUCGUUACAUUGGGAAUGUCUGUCUGGUCACUAACGGGGAAUUUCUGAGGUGAGGUACACUUUGACACAGGAAGUGAUGGUGGGGGGUGGGCGGCGGAGGAUGAAGCACAUGAUUUACAAAUGAAUCCUUGAAAGCUUAAGUGAUAUCAUCCACAGUCAUUGGCUGCAGAAUGGGAUUUACCAAUCAUUACAUGGACACAGGGGAAAAAAUAGCAAACCAACCUUUAUCCUUGAACCAAACUGAAAUGUAAAACCCUUUGGCAGAAUAGCAGCUGAAUCACCAUUCAUAUGUUAUAGAAGACCAGCUUUGUGAAUGCUGCAUAUACCUCCCUUAAGACGUGCUAAUAUGUUAUUCCCUAUUCUUGAGACAUUGAUCAUGACUGCAUACAAAAAAGCAGAUGAUAAAGAACAUUUCAUUCAGAUAUUAUAUUUUGUUUUACUGAAUAAGCAUCCUUUUGUUAAGCUUUUAGAGAAGAGAGAAAUUGGUUGGUUUGACCAUAGUUUCAAUGAAGUUUGACUCAUUCUCAUUCUCUCCUAUGAUAAAUGAGUCAAAAGUUUGACUCAUUUACCACAGGUAUAUAUGAUUUAUUCUGUAUGAUAUAUGAACCUCAAAAUCAUGUUUUGUUACACCUAUUCUUCAACACACCAUCUGAGCUCAUGUGACCUGUUAUUUGUUGUUCGCAGGUCACAGUUUUGAUGUGAAGUAGGCCCUAUUUGGAACAAAUUCCAACAUGAUGAUAUCUUUUUAAAAUGCUUGAGUUCUCCUGUGUGUGCAAAGAAUAGUGUUCUCAGAAGAAAACAGUAGAAACUCGGAAAACGGGGAAAUUUACACUCACUUUGGUCUGAUGAAUAAAAUGUGUCCAUCUGAUAUCUACAGUUAAAUACAAGCUUCUAGUUUUCACAGAUGAACUGACUCCAAGAAGUAUUUCUCUUGAGUGAAGUAUACUCUGGUCCAGGUGAAAUCAAUGGGCCAUUGUCUCAAAAUCAGCACUUGAAAUGCAGUUCCAUAGUAUUACCAAAAUGAUGUACUGACGUAUCUACAAGUGGCGGUACUUCAGAAACAGGGCAGUCUUUUCUCACAGGCACCCCUCCAGAAGGAACAUUCACAAAACACCUUUCAAAAUGAGUGGGAUUGAUGCAGAAGGCCCAAAGUUUAAGAAUGAAUUGAAUUUUGGAUUAGAAUUGCUCUGCUUAGGGACACAAUUAACAGCAACAUUUGCUGGGAGUUUGGUGUUUGGUGUUCAACUCUAACGUUAUCGUGGACCUUCUGUAAAGUGAAUCUAGCAAGUAUUAAAGGAGAGGCUUUUGGGUCACUGAAGAGAAAAAAAGCUAAAGCUUCUAGCAGACACUAUAAUGUACACAGUCUGCCAUCAGAUGCCCUGCAUAUAUUGAACACAGCAUCAUUUCAGUGUUGGGUCAGCAAACGGAUUGGGUUGCGAAUGUUUACGUCAUGCCCUUGCGUUGAUCUCGCAGCAUUGUGUAUCUUAAUGUGCCUAUGUGGAAUUGGUAGAUACUGACAGAUGCUGCAUUUUUACAGAAACUGCGAGUUUUAAAGUAAACUCACCAGCUUGCGUCAUGGAUUCUAUUCCCUUUCAUUUUCUAUUCCAGUAGAUUACAUACACAGACUCAUUUAAAAAAAUCAUGCAUUCAUUUCCAUUGUUACGGUAUACCCUGUUAUACUGAUCAUGCUUGCCAAUGCCAUUCCUCUUUGUUUUUGAAGAACAGGAACAUUGAUUUCCAUUCAGUAUACAGUGCAGAAGUGUGCAUUUAAAAGACGUUGCUGUGAGUUCACUCCCAUUAGGAGUUUUAAAUAAAGUCCCUCGCUUGGCAUUGUAGUUGUGUAUGCUGCCGCAUUGCAUGUUUCAGGCUGUAGUUUCCAGUACACAGUAUGGUAUAAUUCUGUUUCAUUAUUUUUUGGCUUUCUCUUUUUUUUUUACCCUUUUCUUCUGCAAUGUAGAUUCUGGUAGGUAUUACAUGUAUCAGAGGCUCUGUUACUGUAAAU